AUGCCUCUCAGUUAUCACAGCAGAAUCCCACUCUCUCUCCACCGCCACCACCACCGUUUCCUCCGCCACUCUACUGCUGCCGUCGCCGGUAAACUUCUCGUCAGCAUGUCCAUGUCGUCAUCGGCCCCAUCAUCACCACCUGAAUCACUCGCUAGGCCCCAAGAAAGGGAAGAGCUCUUAAGCCAAGUGUUGAAGUACCACAACCAAACUAAACACUCCUUCACCAACUAUGCCCGUGGCCCCCAUGGUCUCGACUGGGCAAACCAACCCAAUCCUUUCCGCCGCUACGUAUCCGCCCCGCUACUGCCCCUCCUCCACCACGAAAAUGACCGGAAUAGCCCUCCCUAUUUCUCCGUCUUCGAUUCUCUCCCAUCUCCAGAACCCAUUUCCAAAACCACAAUUUCUCAAUUUUUCUACAAUUCCCUUGCUUUAUCUGCGCGGAAAAGUACUGGAUUUUCUACUUGGUCGUUACGUGUAAACCCAAGCAGUGGAAAUCUUCAUCCUACAGAAGCAUAUAUCAUUUCGCCUCCUGUAGAUUCCUUAUCGGAACACGCCUUUGUCGCACACUAUGCGCCAAAAGAGCACGCGUUGGAAUUAAGAGCACAAAUCCCAUCGGGCUUUUUUAAGAGUUUCUUCCCUGAUAAUUCUUUUCUGAUCGGCUUUUCCUCAAUUUUUUGGCGGGAAGCUUGGAAGUACGGCGAAAGGGCCUUUAGGUAUUGUAAUCAUGAUGUUGGGCAUGCCAUUGCUGCAGUUGCGAUGGCCUCAUCAGGGCUUGGGUGGGAUGUGAGGGUUUUAGAUGGAUUAGGAUACGAGGAGUUGGAGAAGUUGAUGGGACUUCAUAUCUUUCCUGAGUUCAAUAUUCCUAGCAGACCUGUCAAAGGGAGAAUGCCCGAGAUUGAAUUUGAGCACCCAGAUUGUGUGCUGUUGGUUAUUCCAAAUGGUACAUCAGAUUUUGAGGUGGAUUACAAGGAAUUGAGGUUGGCUAUAUCGCAGUUCCCUAAUUUAGAGUGGAAGGGGAAACCUAAUUUGCUUAGCAAAGACCACGUGUGUUGGGACAUUAUAUAUAGAACGGCUGAGGCAGUGAAAAAGCCAUUAACGAUGACGAAAGGAACAGUUUUUGAGCCGUAUAGGAGUGGUGGAAUGAUUAGUGGCAGUUCUUACAAGGAGUUUAGUUUGAGUGAGGUUGUUAGGAAGCGUAGGAGUGCGGUUGAUAUGGAUGGAUUUACUGUGAUGUCAAGAGAAACAUUCUAUCAGAUUUUGUUGCAUUGUAUGCCUUCGGGUUAUGGAGGACAGAAACAGUGUAGUCAGUUGGCAUUACCAUUUCGAGCUUUGCCUUGGGCAUGUGAAGUACAUGCUGUUCUGUUUGUUCAUAGGGUUGUGGGGUUGCCGAAUGGUUUGUAUUUUUUGGUAAGAAAUGAGGACCAUUUGGAUGAGCUCCGAAAAGCAACAAGACCUGAAUUUAAGUGGGUGAAGCCAGAUGGCUGUCCUGAUGAUCUUCUUUUAUAUGAGCUCGCCCAAGGCGAUUGUCAGGAGCUUUCGAAACGGCUAUCUUGCCACCAAGACAUUGCUAGCGAUGGCUGCUUUAGCCUCGGUAUGGUGGCUCGUGUUGAGCCCACUUUGUGUGAAAAGGGAGCUUGGAUGUAUCCUCGGCUUUUUUGGGAAACUGGAGUUCUUGGCCAAGUCUUGUAUCUUGAAGCCCAUGCUGUUGGCAUUUCUGCUACUGGGAUUGGUUGCUUCUUUGAUGAUCCUGUACAUGAAGUUCUUGGAUUAAGAGGAUUAAAGUUCCAGAGCCUAUAUCAUUUUACAGUCGGGGGCCCAGUUGUUGAUAAGCGUAUCAUGAGCUUACCAGCAUACCCAGGACCAAGCAUUGAUGCCUAA